AAACAGUACAUUGAGAUUUUGUAUUUACAAUAGUGGGUUGCAAUGCAAAGAGAGCCACAAGACUUUUUAAAAGUCACAUAAAAGAUACACACCUACACGAGAUUUUAUAAAUACUAUUAUCCCCAUCAUUUAUUGCACACAGAUCACAGGAAAAUUAUCAAAAUUUUUAACAUUUAUUGUAGUCUUGCUAUUUAUGUGUGUGUGAGCGCCUCUGUCGCGUCUUAGACAGGGUUGCAGGCGUGGCGGUGGAGGAGCGGCUUCAGGAUGCGGGUAGUGGGUCUGGGCGUGUGGGUAUUCCUCCACCUGGUGUUCCUGGGUAUGAGUGCCUACCUGUACCUGUUAUGGGUUCAGUACUGGCGUUAUGUGGAUGCCAACACCUACCAGCCCCUCACUACCAACUACACUGCCGCGAGCAGAGCACUCCAUUACAAAGUGCGAGAGAUUGAGGUUCGAGCAGGAAAACCCAGGUUCUAUGCUCGACGUCAAGACCCACCCCAGCCACCACCACCACCACCACCCCCCGACCCUCCUACACGCCCACACCCACCCCCAACAUCACCACCACCACGCCCAUCAGCAGGGACAACCUCCUCAAGGCCAUAGAAAGACACAAGAUGGACGUCAUGGUCCGCCUGCGAAAGGCACAGAUGCA